AUGGCGUCUAUUGCCUACAUCGCUGCCUCAGGCAACCGCUUCUCACAUUGCGCAGACUCUUCAGACUCUCUAAUCGCGUUUGGUACCUCUAUCUUGGUCGGGCUGUGGCCCAUCGAUUGGAGAUUGGUCUUCAAAAUCCAAGCACACGCAAAGGCACUGUCUGCGCUUGCGGUCUAUAAAGACACUGUGGUCACCUCCGCUUCGGAUUCUCUCGUCAAAGUUUGGAAACUGUCUCAAACUGACAACGGUAACGGGCUCUUUCUUCUCGUCGAUAUCGUGAAGUACGGACUGACCGCCGCAGGUCCAGUUUUACAAGAGCAACAAACAUUGUCAUAUGGAAAACGCUAUGCCCUUGCAUUAGCAUUGGCAUGUCUUCCUUCCGAGGUUCCCAUUGAUGUGCUCGCAGUUGGAGGAACGGAUAACAGCGUCCACCUCUGGGUCCGCUCUGAUGACUCUGCCUUCCGACAGUUCGUCCGUUCCGCAACUCUCACCGGACACGAGGAUUGGAUCAGAUGUCUCGAUUUCCAACAGUUCUCGCCUGACCAGCCAUUGGUACUCGCCUCGGGCUCCCAGGACGGAAAUGUCCGUCUAUGGAACAUCGAACCUUUCGAGAAUGUUGUAAAACCAGCAAUCAGCGAAUUGAAUGACGAUCUAUUGGAUGCUUUUGAAGCUUCAUUGAACGAACUGGGAGAAGGCGAGGAAGGCGGUAAACAAAUCUCGCUCAAGAAGCAUGUUUUGACCGCGAAAGCGUCCCAGAGAACGCUCCAAUUCUCUGUAACGUUCGACGCACUACUCAUUGGACACGAAGCCGGCCUUACAUCCUUACAUUGGAGACCAAAAACAAGCGACGAAUCCACUCCAACACUGCUGUCAACGUCCACCGACUCCUCGCUUAUCCUAUGGAUGCCAUCGAGCGUUGGAAAUAGUGCGACCCAGGAAGGCUCUUCGAUCUGGAUAAAUUAUCAACGGUUCGGAGAUGUUGGUGGACAGCGCCUGGGGGGCUUUAUCGGUGGAAUCUGGGCAGAUGGUGGAAGUGAAGCUCUUGCAUGGGGUUGGUCUGGGGGUUGGAGGCGUUGGAGAUGCAAUAGGGCAACGAACCGACAGGACGAAAGUUGGCACGAGUUAGGUGCAAUCACGGGACACAGUGGCCCAGUGAAGGGGAUAGAUUGGAGUCUAAGUGGUAACUAUCUGAUCUCGACGGGACUCGACCAGACAACGCGGAUUCAUGGCAGGAUCCCAGGUUCGUCCACUAGUGAGACUGGUCACUGGCACGAACUCGGCCGUCCGCAAGUCCACGGCUAUGAUCUCCUUGACGCUGUCUUCAUCACCGACCUCAAAUUUGCAAGUAUAGCGGAUGAGAAGGUCGUCCGCGUGUUUGAAGCUCCCCGGUCAUUUGUCGAGACUUUGGAAACUUUGCGUGUCUCUAAGUUCUCUGAAGCCGAGGUAAUCCGUGUCCGUCCUUCCAAAGCUGAAUCAUCGACUGACUUGUCACCACAGCAGGCUAGGCCGGCGGGGGCCAGCGUUCCACCGCUUGGACUCUCGAAUAAAGCAGUCGGCGAAGGUACAUCGCAGGCAUUGGCUGUCGCAGAGCUGGACAGGUCGAGGAGACCAUUCGAAGGUGAACUGGCAGCAUCUACCUUGUGGCCUGAAAUCGAGAAGAUCUUCGGCCACGGAUACGAGUCUAUCUCCCUGGCAGUUUCGAAUUCGCGUGGGUUCAUCGCGACAGCUUGCAAGGCCACAUCCGCGGAGCACGCGACUGUUCGAAUUUAUGACACUCAAAACUACAGGCUAUUCGGAGAACCACUAGCCGGACAUGUCUUGACCGUGACUCGGAUUGCGUUCAGCCCUGACGAUAAACUCAUUUUGACCGUGUCGAGAGAUCGAACGUGGAGGCUGUUCGAACUCAAAGAUGGUGCUGGGUUCGUACCGGUCGCUGCCGAUAAAAGCCAUGCUAGAAUCAUUUGGGACUGCGCUUGGGCCCCGGGGGGUAAAAUAUUCGCGACAGCGUCCCGCGACAAGACGGUAAAAAUCUGGAAGAGGAAGAGUGCCAAUGCCAACACAAGCUGGGAAUGUAUCGAGACAAUCAAGACCAUGGAAGCCGCUACUGCCGUUGCCUUUUCACCGUCUACCGAAAGACACCGUCUCGCAAUUGGCCAGGAGAAUGGUACAAUCAUCACCAUCACCACAAACCCGGGAGCAGACGACGGCUGGAAGACAGAAUUCACGGUCGAUUCAAAACUCGCCCACGUCGGGCAAAUCCAUCAGCUUUCCUGGAGACCCACAAAAGACGGCGCCAACUCUACCCAACUAGCUAGCUGCAGCGAAGAUGUUGAGUCGGACGAGACAAAUUCAAGCAUGAACAGAGAAGGGAAAGUUCAAAACUACAGCAAAAGAUGUGGUACUACAACGCCUUAUAGAGGGUAUACGGCACAGAUCUGA